AUGCACACCUUCUUGUUUCCCUGGCCCUUCAGCCCAGGUGCCUCUCCUUCUGUGCCCGUGACGCUCCGUCUCUGGAAACUAGUAAAGCUUCCUUCUCGCCGUUCUCAGGUGGUUGAGACUGGCGAGGCGGAGGCCCACGUUGGGGCCCCUGAAGACACCAAGGAAGGAAGUACUGCGUGCGACUACGUGAAACUUCCUCAAAGCCUCACAAACGCACUCAGCAUAUUCCUCAUCAAGUUGAAUUUCCAGAGGACGCUAGCCUGCACCAUAUCCCAGUCUGAACUACUGGCCUUGUGCCAACUUGCCCGGGCUCGCGCAUCAUCUCACGGGCAACACUGCGGCGCAGGCGAGGCCUUCAGACAUCAAAGAGAAGGCUUUAAAGCUGCUCAAGAGAACCGUCUUCAAAGUGUCCCACCCCAGGUGCCCAGUGCCCGAGGGCCCACCGCAAAGUGGGCCCCCCAUGGGUCCCCUGAGAAGCCACCCAAGGCCACGGGGCCCUUACAAAAGGCAGAACACAAAAGGUUUAGAGUCGACCCCCUUGAUGUGUGUGCUUUGCUGGCCUCGGGGUCUCUGAACUUGCGGGAUUUGCCUUUGCUGGCCGACUUGGAGGCGGCAGCAGCAGCAGCAGAAGAGCAGCACCAGCAGUCCCGCAGCCGGUGGGGGUGGAAGCGGCUGCUGGGGCUGCGUUGCAGCCGAGGGCAGAUAUGGAAGGCUGCCGCUGCUGCACUGCAGCAGCAGCAGCACCAGCAGCAAAUCAGCCCUUCCCGCGUGGCCUCCCACCGUCGCCAUAGGAAACGACCAAAUCCAAACUCGGCAGAAGGCCCCCCUUCGUCGAGUUCCCUACCUUCUCCCCACCUCGCUGCUGCCACAGCAGCAGCAGAGGCAUUUAGCUGCUGCGAGGCAGCAGCACAGCGCCAGUGCACCUCCUCACUGUCCCCCACAUACGCCCAGCAAAAGCUGACAAAAGGCACUUUGUCCACAACGAGGACACAAAGAGUGCAGCAAGAAGAGCCUGAACAGCAGCUGCUGCUGCCGAGCAAGGCUUUGGCCGCCAGCAGCUGCAGAGUUUCAGGGAUCAGCCCGGCUUCGCCCUCCCCCUGUCAUUUUGAAGACGCACGAGCGGAUGCGGAAGCUGCUGGGGAGGCAGCAGCCGCCGCAGUGUCUCAGCUGGGCAGCGACUGCCUGGCUUUGCUUCCCCACGCAUGUCAGUGGCCUCUUGCUGCGCGGGCUAGUCGCUGGGACUUUUCAACUCGCGCCGGCUGCUGCAGCGCACGCUGGAGCUUGCAGGCCCCAAACCCAGACCCCCUUUCUGGGGCGGGCCGCGUUCGUGUCAGUGGGCCAUCAGGAUCGGGGGCUCUUGGGGCUGCUGAGACUCUUGGGGAGGGGUGGAAGGGGGCGGUGAACUUUCGAGUUCGGCGGAGCCGCCAGAGGAGUGGCCGUGGGCGAGACAGAGUGGGGCGUCGGCAGCGGCUGUCACCCCUGGACCCCCCCUAUGACGGCUUUGCUCUUCUGCUGCAUCCGUUUUGUGCGACUCCGUCUGUGGCGCUGCCUGACGCGGAAACGGUGCGGGCUUUGGAGGUGGCGGAGGUGGCCGUGGACUUCUUGAGCAGGGUCAAGGCAACUGUGGACUGCGCCCAGUGCAACAGGCAACGGCCCUCGGGGAAGCAGCAGCGCAACACAGAGGCUCCUUGUAACCAACACCAGAGGCUCCACUACAGCCGUGUUGGGGAGGGCCCCGAGAAGGUGAUUCUUAUCCACGGGAUAUGUAUGAGCGGCUAUUUCUUUGCGGAUGUCAUCCGCGUGCUCUUCCCGGACUCGGAGAACGGAGCUCGUAAGGGGGUUUCCCAUCAUGGGGGCAUUUUAGGGCAAUUCCCCCCACACGACGAGGACCCCCAGGAGCGGUGGCGGUACACGUUUUACUGCGUGGAUCUUCUUGGCUACGGGAAGAGCGCCGCAAUCUCAUCAACGCAGAAUUACUCCAGAAGAGAACAGGCAGAGGCGAUCCUUAGGGAUGUUAUUGUCGCGAACGGCUUCACUUCUGUGCACUUGGUCGGGCACUCCUUCGGAGGCCUCGUUGCUGCUGAGCUGUGCGAGAUGCUGCCGGCUGGGUUUGUGACAACUCUUAUUCUGUUGGCUCCCGCCUACUUCGAGUCUGAGCGCCAAGCCAUGAGGAUCCUCACAGCGUCCCACUUCCCAGCAGCACACACAGUUGCUCACCCUUACUUUGGGGAGUUAAUGCUGCGCCUCGGCGUUAUCCUGCGACCCCUCUUCGAGCCCUUGGUGCUUCGAAUAGUGCCUCGUGGGGAACUGCCACAGCUGUCUGUCGCAGACGUCUUCAGCAUACAUCCAGAUGCCCUCACAGGCACCAUUCGUUCAAUAGUGCAAGACAGAAUUGACAUGACCUUCCAGCUACUGCGCCAGCGAGGCCAACGUGCCAGCCUCUUCCACGGAACAGCCGACGGCGUCAUCCCCAUAAGACAGGCGAGGUUCCUGGCCCUGCGUUAUCCCAACAUCCACUUGCGAGCCCUUCCGAACUUUGUUCACCACUUCCCUGCCUCCCACGCGCAGUUCACUGCCCAUAUUAUAAUACAAGAGAUUGGGCGUUCCCUGCGGAACGGGAGAGGCCUUUGCUACGCCCCCGACGAGGAUCCAUCUAGUUUGUUGGUGGCAUCCCACUCUCUGUUGCUUCCAGGCCACCCUUCUUGGGCUUGA